AUGGGAUGUCCUCAGUGGCAUUAUCCUGUUAUGACACGUGGAGCAUCAGCAGGACAGACGGGGAUCCGCUGGCAUCGGAAACAGGGAUCCCGGUAUCAUAGGAAGCAGAGCCAGCCCGAGCCAAACCAGAGCCGCCAGAGCCACCAGAGCCAGCCAGAAAGCCCCCCAGGCCAGCCAGAGCCAAGCCCCAAACCAGCCAAGCCCCAGCCAAGCCAGCCAGCCGACCGCCAAAGCCCAGACCCCACCAGGCCCCCAGCCCCAGAGCCCCCCAGAAACCCCAGCCCCAGAAAACCAAAACCAGAGCCCGCCGAAGCCGAGCCCCGGCCAGAAAAAAAAAAGAGCCAGCCAGAGCCCCCCCCCAAGCCCGCCAGAGCCAAACCGCCAAAACCGCCAAGCCAGCCGAGCCACCAGGCCCCCCAGAAACCCCCCCCAGACCACCAAGCCAGCCAAGGGCCGCCCGAGCCCGCCAGAAACCCGCCAAGCCAGCCAGCCCGAGCCAGCCAACCCCCAAGCCCCCAAAGGCCCCCAGAGCCCGCCAAAGCCCCCCCAAGCCAGCCAAACCACCAGCCCCAAAGCCCCCAGCGAAACCCGCCGAGCCCCCAAAACAUCCUGAGCUCAGCAGUCUCUGGUUAUGCUUGCUGUCUUUUCGCCAGUGACACCGUUGGCAGUCCAUAUAAAAUUGCGGGCCUAGCUACUGUCAUUCAAAUCGCUCCAGAAAUUUUAUUUACCUUCCAUCUCACAACCAACUCCAGGGACAUACGCACUGAAAACACUCAGUAUCACACUUUCCAUCAACAACGAAACCAAACCACAAGAGGCCAACUUCACAAAUCUGUAACAACACAAGACCAGAUCUCAGCACCGAAAUCCCUAAUCGGCAACCCAGCUCAUCGCCGAUUCGCCGCCAUGAUGUAUGACGCAAUAAGCAGAGCUCGAAUUCUGAUCAAUGAGGGUCUACAGUUUCUUCGUUCACAAAUCAUGCAGAUCUGGAGAGUGACAGAAGAUACCGGGCGAUUAACAAGUGCACCUGACUGGCAGGUGUUGGGGAGAACUAGAUCACAGGAAGACGCUGAUGCUGGUAUUCGGGAGAUAAACUUCAUGAUGCUGAAGAUAGUGUGA